UCUUGUGUGUAUACUGUUAGUUUCUGAAAAUAGAGUUUACACACUUCACUUUCAGUGCUUCAGAUUGUUUGGAUUAUUUUGGUGUAACCCUCCAUUUUCUUCUUCACUCAUUACCUUCUUUUUUUUUUGCUUUUAUUAUACUUUUAGUCAAACAAUCUUUUUAUAUCUUCCCCCUCUUUGCCUUUAAUCUGAGUAAGGUGUAGAUUAUCUCUUCAUUUCUCCUCAGCAAGUGGAAAUUGUUGAAUCUAUGGGAGAGCAAUUGGGAAUGGUACAAGUGUGUGUUGUGCAAGGGAAAAGAUUGGUUAUCAGGGAUUUCAAGAGCAGUGAUCCUUAUGUUGUGCUCAAGCUGGGAAAUCAGACUUUAAAGACCAAAGUUAUCUACAGUUGCCUUAAUCCUGUCUGGAAUGAAGAACUAACUUUCUCAUUUACAGAACCUAUUGGAACUCUAAGUUUGGAAGUAUUCGAUAAAGACCGUUUCAAGGCAGAUGAUAAAAUGGGACAUGCUCAUCUAAACCUUCAACCGCUAGCCUCUGCUGCUAGAUUGAAGCAGAUUCUGCAGGUUUCUUCAGGCGAGACAGUUUUAAGAAAGGCCGUUCCAGACACCGAUAACUGUCUCGCAAAGGAAAGCUCAAUUAGUUGUAUCAAUGGUGAGGUGGUCCAAAGUGUUUGGCUGAGGCUCUGCGAAGUUGAGACCGGGGAGAUAGAACUAAAGAUUAAGUUAGUCGGUUGUCCUGUUGUUUCGUCGAGGUAGCUUAAAAGAAGCAGCAGCUUAGGAGGGAUCGAGUUUCUACAAUGAUAUGGGAAGGUUGAUGUAUCAGUAGGCUACCCAUUUUUUGAUUUUACAAUUUUGGGAGCAUCAAAUAGAUUUCCAUGGUGUUAUCAGAAGAAUCAACAUUAGUGCAGAUUUGGUGCUAUGCAGAUGUGCAAGUGUGUGUGCUCUUUUUUAGAAGUUAAUUUUAGGUUUGAUGUUCUGAACUAAAUAUGUUUGUUGGAUUAAUUGUUGUAACCUAUAAAAUUUUCCUAAUGUACAAGCUUAAUCUCGGUUAAUGCUAA